AGCGCCGCGGUUCCGGAGCGGCGGCCGGGCGGCGAUGGCAGCGGGCCGGCAGCGGCGCGGCGGGCCGGCGGGACCCUCCGCCUCCCGGCGCGGCGGCGCGGGCUGAGGGGAGCGGGCCGCCUGCCGCCGCCCUCCCGCUCCCUCCUUCUCCGCUGGAGGAAGCUGCAGAGCAUGGAGAAUGAUGAACUUCCGCCAGAGGAUGGGAUGGAUUGGUGUGGGGCUGUACUUGGUAGCAAGUGCUGCAGCCUUUUAUUACGUCUUUGAAAUCAAUGAGACUUACAACAAACUAGCACUGGAGCACAUUCAACAGCACCCCAAGGAACCACAGGAAGGAAGCACAUGGAUGCACUCCUUAAAAGUACGACUGCUAUCCUUGCCUUUUUGGCUGUGGACUAUAAUAUUUUUAAUACCAUAUUUACAGAUGUUCUUGUUCCUUUAUUCCUGUACAAGAGCUGACCCCAAAACUGUUGGGUAUUGCAUCAUUCCUAUCUGCUUGGCUGUUAUUUGCAAUCGUCAUCAAACAUUUGUGAAGGCCUCUAAUCAGAUCAGUAGAUUACAAUUGAUUGACACUUAGUUCAGUUUCUAGUUUCUGUAGUUGUUUUGAAGCAAUUGCAUAUGCCUGACCUAAUCACAAGACUGAAGUUCUGGGUGAAGGCCAGAAAGAGCCUCUUCUUUCAAACUGCUAAGCAAUGAAGAGAGUGACUGUUUUCUAUUUAAAAAAAAAUAAUAAAAAAAAGUAACUUCAAAGGUUUUUAAAUACAGGUCUUUUGGAAUGGCCAGAGUGGACAGCCCUAUGUGACACUUGGUGGAAGUAUUCCUCAUUUUGCCUUAAUGAUGCAAAAUUGCAGCACUCCAUCUGAAAAGUCCUGUGGGAAAAUAAGUUUCUAGUCCAUGACUUUACUCCUCUGUGCAAAAAAGUUAUUUCCUAUGUUUUCUCUUGGAGUAAAAUCAAUGAAAAGAUACUUCUUUUGUGGUAAAAGGAAAAAAAAAAUCAGAACGUGAUUAUAAAAGCUGCACUUAAUUCUAUGAUUAUUUUUUCUAAGUAAUAUCUACAUCAGUGCUGGUUCUUAAUGAUUUUUAAAAACAAAUAAGUUUAGAUAUACAUUCAGAAAGCAAAGAAUAAAGUUUGUGCAAACCUUUAAAGAGAAAACGUACUUUUUGUCCUGUGGUAGCACACUUUUUUCAGUGACCACAACAGUAACACAUAGCUAGGCAGCAAGGAGUGGCAUAGACCUGGGGGUUGGUGUUUCAGACUCUUUUCCUAUGAUGUCAAAAGGAGCUUGUACUAGCAUUGGGCUAUAGUCUGCACAAAACUUCUUUUGUGUUUUAUUCUCCUUUGAUAAAAUUACAGUCAGUGGAAUUAACUACUGUUCUAAUUUCUCUUGAUGUAAAAUCGUGUUCUGGAAGUAUCGAUGUAUUAGUAAAAACUUUGAAUUUGGGACAGUUAAGUGGUGUUAGGCUGGAGAGAGCCUACAAACAGGCUGCAAGACAGAUAACCAUGUUUCUUCCAGAAAUUUGAAGAAUAUACCUUCUUCUCAUUCUUGAAAUGAAUGUAAAUGUCUUCAGUCAUACUGAAAUUCCAUUGAGAUUUCUUACCAUAAUUUCAAUCUGUUUUUCAAUGCUAUUCUGGCAUAGCAUUUAAUUCUAACUACUGGAUUGUGUAUUUUAAAUAAUAUUGAAUCUGUUCUUUCUUCUUGUCCUUUUUUGUUUCUUCUUAGAACAACUACAUGUUUGAGCCAGCCAUGAUGGAAGUAACCUUCCAAAUGUGAAAACAGGGCAAAGUACAUUCUUCAAAUGCAGUAGGCCCGAAACAAUUACGGACUAAACUCCUUGAUUAUAAUUUCAAUUGUAUGUGAUUGUCAGUACCUAAAAACUACAAAUGCUAAUCCAUUUCUGACUACUUUAAGGGAAUCCUGGAGAAUAUUGUCUUUCUCUUGUCUCGGAAAGAGAACACAAGUUUCAGUGUUGCUGUGUUAAAGUAUGGUAGUUACAACACCAUAAAUUUUGUUUGCAUUUGGAGAUAUUUUGAGACACUGAUUUCAAGUGCCAGCAUCGGUGCUAGGACCUGAAAACAAUGUAGCCUUUACAAGAAGGUUCUAAGUGCAAUAUGAAAAGGAGGAAGCAGCCAUCUUAAUAUGCCAGAGUAAAAAUAAACUCUGACUUGUAGAAUCUUUGGGAGUCAGAGCUUUUAAGUUGUAUUGUUUCCUAAUUCUAAAAAUUGCCAUCCUAUUUAUCUAUAAAAUAAAAUCUUUUCAAUGUUUAUAACACAAGUCUGUUAAUGCAGAUACAUAUCAGUGGCUUUUUUUUUUUUUGCAUAUGUUUGUUGCUAGAUAGCUGUGCUAGCAGUCAGCUGCUGUAGCUUACUCCUGUCCUUCCCUCAGUGUGUAUGUUUGGUUGAUCUUUUUGUUGUCCUUUUAUGCCCUGUGCCCCAGUUACUUGUCUGUAGCCUGAAGUUUUGGGGCUGACUGGCUGAAACUCAAUCCCUUUGUCAUUUCUCUACUUGUGUAACAGGGAGAUAGCUCUGGCUGGACUGUGUUUUUAACCUGAUGCUUUAGUUUUUAAUCUGAGCAGUUAAUAUUGUGUCUAGAUGGAGUUAUUUAAAGAGCAACAACAGAAGAGGAAGCAUCAAAAAAUAGAAAACAAAAGGGAGAACUGCCCAAGUUUCUAAUGUGCAAUCAUGUGGCCUUUAGCAAAUUCAUCAGCAUGUCUGAUGUGAUGAGCCAAGCUGUCUGGAUGUGGAGCACGUGCUGGGUGCAGCUGUGAUUUGUAGAAUGGAGGUUUGAGUUUGUAGACUUUUCCAUCAGAAGCCUGUCUUUGGAUUAAAGCUGUCAGCUGUGAGCUUUACAACUAACUAGGGAAAGAGGUUCUAAUUCAAGCAAAAGCUCUGUCUGCAAGGACUUGAGCUCGAGGUGGAAAGCAGUGAUGGAGAAAAGUAAUAUAAACUGUUAACACAGAGCAUAGGAAUAUUAGACAACAGAACUAGGAGAAGAGGAAACCUAGCUCUGCAGGUGUUUCCAGCAUUUUUGGCACCAGUGGAACAUCGAGAGGUGAAAUCUUACCCACUGAAUAAGUAGAGGAAAGACUGUAGAAAUGAAUAAUUAAAUUGUCUUUUACUAUAGUCUUUUAAAAGAAGUAGUGAAAUAACUUUUAGCUUGAUUAUCCUAAAGAUUUGUAGAUAGUGUCAAGGCUAAUUAGUUCUCAGUCACAGAAGAUAACUGCCUGUAACACAAAUUGACAUAAUGUUCAAGCUUUUGGGAUAAUUAAGCUUAAAGAAGUUUUACAGCCUUUUUAGACUACAGUACUUCUCAAUUAGUUCUUGAUUGAAAAUGUCAGAUAAUAAUGGAAAUCUGUUUCUACAGCAAUGACAUUAAUAAACGAUGUGAGACUAGCUUAUACUAGAA